CAGAGAAAGUUUAAGUAACUUUCUAAUCACCAGGUCUUGUUAAUCAAUUAUCCUUACACAAAACAAAAAGCAACAUAGUUUUCGACGAGCGAGUAAGCAAAUAUAAAUACAAAUACAUAAUAAACACACAAGAUACACAAGAUGAGUUCACUAAGAAGGGACCACAUUAGGGCUUCGGAGCACCUGCCCAUGUCGCGGCACCGCUCCUGGCUAUACUCCUUUAUGAAUUCGGUGAUGCCGAAUCGUUUCAUCGAGUCGCACAGAAAUGAAAUGGAUAUGGGGUCCACCUCCACGGUGGAGGACUUCGCGAGAACCAACGCCCUCAAAGAGGUGACGGCGCGGGACACCAAGGCAAUAGUGACCGACAUUGUGAAGGAAAUCUUUGACCACAAUGCAGGCCACGCCUCAGUGUCCUCCUCGCAAUGCUCACUGCAGAACCACCUGAUGGAUUCCCUGGACAUGGAUCCUCGUCUCAAGCUGUGGUACGACACCCUCCAGGACCGCGCACUCGUCCAGGCCAAGAUUCAGCGGCAGCUGGGUCGCCGACCCGACGAGAUGCUGAUCAACCUGCCCACCACAGUGGGGGCCCGGGACAAGGGCACUGUCACCCGCAUCCUUGAUCUCGCCGACCGCAUGAAUCCCACCGCGCUGGUACAGAGGAAGCCCGUCGUGACCCCCGAGCAGCCCGACGCUCAGCAGUGCCUGCCGCCGCUUCAGGAGACGCUGCCGCGCGCCGAGCGGACCGGGAAAGUCCGGCCGGAGAUCAGCGCCCUGACCCGGGCCACCAAGCAGGAGAUCAUGGGCAAGCCCCUUCAGCCAAAGAAGAAUCGCACCCAGUGGCUUCAGUCGAAGGUCUUGGAUGAGCGGAUCGAACGCAAGAGCGAGGACAUUAAACGCGUAAUCGACCACUUUCCGGAGACGGAGGACCUGGAGGUGGUGGGCUCGUGCAUGCAGGAAGUACUGUUGCGCCACGAGUCCCGCGGGAAUGAUGAUGAGCCUGAUAUCGAAAGACUCUCCGCGUCGUCCAUGUACAGUGUUAGCAGUAGCAGCCAGCUUCCAGUACCCGAGGAGCGAAGGGUUCAAUUAGACCUCCAGCCAACUGAAAUUUUUCCUGUGAAAGGAGCCGCUGUCAAGAUCAACGACGUGCUCUACUACAACAGCGGCCGACGAUGUCCGCAGCCAGAGGUGGCGUCACUGACCUUCGAGUGCCACCCGUACCAGAACAUGGUCAAGGACUUGCUGCGCAUCGAGAACGUGGGUCGCCUGGUGGUAACAUGCCACUGGAACAUGCAGGAUACGGGAAAGCGCGUCAGCCAGGCUUUCGCGCCGGUUUAUGCCCUUGACGCUUUCCUCAUGGGGGAUACGGCGUUCACUAUAUUUCCGGGCGAGGUGCAUGUCUGUCGAGUCAUGUACCGACCACGUGAGUGCCACAUGUUGCGCCUUCGCUACGAGCUUCGCAUCUUCCCCAAUGUCCUGGGCACGCUGCGCAGCUGCUUUGUGGUCCGGCUGUGUGGCAAGUGUGUGCCGUCGCCGGUGUACACCGGCAAGAUGAAAAGUAUCAAGGAAAAAGUGAUCGCCAAGUCCAAGAAGAAGAUGACCGAUACCCUGGCCCAGGAGCAUGCCUCAUUGGUACCGCUAAUACAGCCGCACGAGGUAGUGUGUCCCUACGAGCGGGUCUUCGACGAGCGGGAGGUCUUCAACGCCCAGAACCCUGGUUACCGAUGCGAGCGGUUCGACGACCUUGAAACCCUGAAGGCUCUCUACCAGAAACUGAAAAAGCCACGGGAGCCUGCCUGGGAUCUGCGUCUGGAGACCAUCAGGCAGGUGAUCCUGCGACUGCCCCAGCCCAGCGAGAGGGAGCUGCACUUCGAAGAGCUAAUCGAGGUAGAGGAGGCCAUCAAAGGAGGCGGGAUAGGUUCUGCUGGAGAUGGGGAUAUGCUUUCGCCCGCCCGCUUCGGACGAAGCACUGAACGGGACCGAUCCCGGUUCAUCUAUGUGCGCGGCUGCAUCGGCAACGGAAUCCAGGAGUGGGAGGAGAUGAUGGCUGCCAUGGAGGUCAGUGCCCUCAAGCUGGAAGUCACACAAUUUCAGGCCAAGCUGCUGGAAGCCGAAGCAAAUGAGGGGGAGGACGGCGAGGAGCCUGCGGAGCCGAAGCCCUGGAUGCAGAGGCUGCGCCAAGAGGACCCCGUCCGGUAUCUGCUCAAAAGGUUGCGCUCCCGGAAGGCCUACAGGGAUUCACUGUACAUGCAGACCUAUUCGCACCUGUGCGACCUGGCCGAGAACGUGGUGUCAGUCAUCGAAAGCACACAAUACGUUUAAAGUUAGUUGCUGCCAAAUUCCGUGAUUGUCUUAAGCUCCAAAUUUGAAGUUUGCCAAAGUGAUAAAGGAAAUACAGAAAACACAUAACCCCAGGGACGGUCUAUUGAUUCGGAAAUCUAUUAGUCCGAACCGGGGGGCCAGAAAACUA